AUGGGGAAUUGUCAAGCCAUAGAUGCUGCAGCUUUGGUCAUACAGCACCCAAGUGGGAAGAUAGAGAGGCUAUAUUGGCCAGUUAGCGUUAGUGAGGUGAUGAGAAUGAACCCUGGUCAUUACGUUUCUUUGAUUAUCCCAUUGCCUGUAUCUGGGGAUCAAGAAAACAAAGACCACGUCAAAACUGUGCAGUUCACCCGUGUUAAGCUUCUCAGGCCGAGCGAUACUCUUGCACUUGGUCAUGCUUAUCGCCUUGUUACUACUCAAGACGUUGUGAAGGUGCUACGGGCAAAGAAGUACGCAAAAUUGAAGAGACAGCAGCAGCCAGAAUCGGCUGACAAGAAUAAGUCACAGCAGAAGGGAGCACCGGAGAAGAAGCAAAGUACAGAUUGUGAGGCAGAAAAGAAGUCUAACAUACACAAGGAUUGCAGGGUGUACAAACAUGAAAGACAUCGACAGAGGACGCCAUCAAUUAACUCUGCCUCCCUAAGGUCAAAAUCAUGGCGCCCCUCUUUACAGAGUAUCUCUGAAGCUGCGAGCUGA